GCAGAAUUGAGCACAAGCAAGCACACAGCAGCAGCACCCGACCGGCCAACAACUCACCCAAUACUCACCCACGCUGCCUCAUAUCCAAGGGCCCCUCCGUCCGCAAGGCAGCACGAACAUCCUACAGGCAUACUAUCCACCCGCCCUUUUGUACUUCAUCUCUCUACCUCCACCAACGCGCAAACAGAUCUCGCAUCCGGCCAUCGCAGAUUAGGCUCCACUCUCUUCCUACCCACAGGGAAAAAGAGAACCUCCAUCGGGUCUUCGCAAACGACUUGUAGCACUCGAUCCAUCACUCUCCGGCUCGUUUCAACAGAUCUGGCUACCUUAUCUGCUCUUCCUCGAAACUCCUCCUCCUCCGCGGCUCCUGCAGGCCAAUCUCCAAAUCUAUAAGCGACUCCGCCGCCACCUUGCACACCGGUCUAUGGGCAGAUCCUCGCAAUGAAGUCCUUCUUCAACUUGACCUCGUCUGGCAGCAAAGCCAGCGCAACGCAACAAACAGCCUCGGGCUCAACAACACCCACCCUCUCAACUGUUCAGGAAGGCAAUAUCCUCGGACAAGCCCAACAAAGUGGCUAUUUUGAUAAGAUGUCUCAACAUUCACGCGCAUCUUCAUCGCAGCGUAGUUCGAAUGAGGAUAAACGUGAACAAUCUAUGCGGAGCGGACAGGCGACGCCCAAGCCGAGCAUGUUUGAUGGCCGAUUGCCAGCAUUGAGUGCACAUCUCCAGGUCACGCCCAUUAGUACACCGCGCAACACCAUGUCCGAGGGCAGUAACCUCAUCCCGGCCAAUAUCCCAGUUGGCCCGCCCAAGGGCCGACUCGUUGUGACCAUCAUGUCGGGUCGUGGCCUUCAUGUACCACAAGCCGAUUCCACGCCCUACGUCAUUUGUACGUAUGAGUCAAACGAGUUCAUCACGGGAGGCCCCUGGAAGGAACAACCAAAAGAUAAUAUGCCAAGCGCCGGUCUGGCUAUCCCCAAAUCUCGACAAUCCUCCAGCACCUCCCUCAACAAUAUGCAAUCCGGUCGGCCUAAAUUGCAAGGCGCAGCGAUGCAAGAAUUAGCCACCAAUCCAGUUUGGAUGCAAGAUGGGUGUUUUGAUGUACAGAUUGGUGAUUCAGAAGUGGAUGUCUCUGUGUAUGACAAGAAGUCGCAAACAUUUUUGGGACAUGUGCGUUUCCACCCAAACCUCGAACCAAAACAGACGACUGAGCAGUGGUACAAGCUCGAAGGUCGCAAGGAGGAAGGCGAAACGAUCACGGGUGAGAUUCAAAUUCAAACAUACCAUGAAAAAGUCGAGAAGCGACAUUAUGGCCCAGAUGAUUUCGAAAUUCUCAAGCUCAUCGGUAAGGGCACUUUUGGUCAGGUGUAUCAAGUCCGCAAGCGUGAUACCAACCGCAUCUACGCCAUGAAGGUGUUGUCAAAGAAAGUGAUUGUGCAAAAGAAGGAGGUGGCUCAUACCGUUGGUGAGCGCAACAUUCUCGUCCGCACAGCAUUGACUGAAUCGCCCUUUAUUGUGGGUCUCAAAUUCUCCUUCCAGACACCCAGCGAUCUGUACCUCGUCACUGACUACAUGUCUGGUGGCGAGCUCUUCUGGCACUUGCAAAAGGAAGGCAGUUUCCAAGAACCACGAGCAAAGUUCUACAUUGCAGAGCUCAUCUUGGCACUUGAACACUUGCACUCACACGAUAUUGUCUAUCGCGACUUGAAGCCAGAAAACAUCCUGCUCGAUGCGAAUGGUCAUAUUGCGCUUUGCGAUUUUGGUCUCAGCAAGGCUAAUUUGACGAGCAACGCAACGACCAAUACGUUUUGCGGUACGACUGAGUACCUUGCUCCUGAAGUGCUGCUGGAUGACUCCGGCUACACCAAGCUGGUUGACUUUUGGUCUCUUGGUGUUCUUGUCUUUGAGAUGUGUUGUGGUUGGAGUCCAUUCUAUGCGGAAGACACACAGCAAAUGUACAAGAACAUCGCAUUUGGCAAAGUUCGUUUCCCAAAGGACACCUUGUCGGUUGAAGGUCGUAAUUUCGUCAAGGGACUUCUCAACCGUAACCCAGCGCAUCGAUUAGGAGCUACACGCGAUGCUGCUGAACUAAGGGAACAUGCCUUCUUUGCUGAUAUCGAUUGGGAGGCACUUGUUCAAAAACGGAUUGCACCGCCCUUCAAGCCUGUGUUGGCGAAUGACCAGGAUACCGCUAAUUUUGAUGAAGAAUUCACGAAUGCAAAGGUCGACAAGAAUGGUGUGGUGAAUGAGCAAGGGAACUUGUCUGCUACGCCACUCAGUCCUGGGAUGCAGGCUAAUUUCCAAGGAUUCACCUUUGUGGAUGAGAGCAGCAUGUCGCGCAACUUUGGCAACAAGGGCUCACCUAUUGACUCGAGCAUGGUGGAUGAAGAUGCUAUACCGAGUGACGACGAUAGUAUGGAUGAAGACGAGACGCGGGAGAAGAUGGAGGAAGACGGCGUGUUUGGCCGGAUCGAAUGAUUGGCCUCGUUGUCCUCUUUGCCAUGUCUCUGUUUUUGGAUUGUCACAACAUGCAAAUGCCCUGCUUUCGUUUUGCGCUUGGGGAGUUGCUUUUUGCUUGUUCCAUACCUCAUUGCCUUCCAUGUCUCUUUCUACGUAUUCGAAGCUUCUUCAAAUCUGCUGCAGCUGCUCGUUCAAGCUUGUCGACUCGAUCACCGCCUCGUUGCCCUUUGAAGGCGCGCGACGAUUCGAGAUU